AGAUGUGUACAUAAUAUUGAAUUGCCCAAUAUAUUGAGUCAAUAAAAAAGUGUUGAAUUUUUAUUGUGCAAUGUGGUAAACAUUGCGUCGCCUGUGGACGAUAUUGCGCAAUAUUGGUUCAGUCCAGACGAUAUGAUAUCAGUUCUGUCUUUACAGUCGUGCGUUUAACAUCGACUAAUCAAAAAAUGGUUUCAAACGGAACCAAAGCAGAAGAAAGAAAAUUUAUCUUAGAAUGUAUCGAGUUAUAUCGGAGUUUACCAGCUUUAUGGAACGUGAAGUGUAAAGAUUACAACAACAGAAUUAAAAAAAAUGAACAAUACGAACAUUUGCUUCGUAAGUACAGAGAAAAGUAUCCCGUUGCUGAUAAAUCGCAGUUAGUUAAAAAAUUGAAUUCGUUGCGCACUAACUUCAGAAAGGAAUUGAAGAGGAUAAAGGAUUUUGAACAAAACUAUGCAGGAAGAGGCUACAUAAUGAAACCAACAUUAUGGUAUUUUGAGGAAAUGAAGUUUCUCACAAGUCUGGAAGAACAAAAUGAGUCUCAAAAUACUAUUAAGUUAAACUACGGCUACAAGAAAGAGCGUAAGGAGGGUACCAACGAGGAAAUGAAGUUUCUCACAAGUCUGGAAGAACAAAAUGAAUCAGAAAAUACUAUGAAGAUAGAGUAUGGCAUCAAGGAAGAAGAUGAAAUCAACAGUUUGGGCAAUAUUGGAACAAUCAUUAAUACUUUUACAAUUGGUAGCAAAAAUGGUCCUCCAAACAAGAAGGCAAGGAAACUCGACGAGUCUGAAGAAUUAAUAUCUCUGCCACGCAAACAUCUUGAACAACCUCAAACUUACUUUGACAAAAUUGCUUCAUCUUGGGCAGUAGAACUUCAGAAAAUGGUUCCACAGCAACAAUUGUUUGCGAAAAAGGCCAUCAAUGAUAUAUUGUUCGAAGGCCAAAUGGGCACUCUGCGCAGAGAUUCUGUGCAAAUUAAUUCUUCAUGUUGCACAUCUACUCCUUAUAACAGUAUGCAGCCAAGCCCCAUUUCAUGAUUCAACUCUCUGUACACAUGAAAACCAGUUAAUUAAAAGAACCUAAGGCACUCUUAUGCUUCUCAAUGUAAGUGGCUUACAUAUAAAAUAUUUUUUGGAAUCCUUCAGGCUGUGCAUUCUCCGCUGUCAACAAUGAUUUGUUAAUUGCUUCUCUACCUCUCACAUUCUAUAUAGCUCAUUAAAAAUGAUUGUAUUAAGAGAAUUAUUGCAGUGCAUUAUCAGUUCUCAAGGACCAGCCAUGUUGAGCAUAGAUGGGUUUCCUUAACUCUAAUACAAUGUAGAAAAAAACUGCUAUCUCAGUGAUCUUAGUCUAUGGAUUAUAGUGCGCUCUUUUUUUUAUCAUGUAUUUGUGGCAGAACCAAGUAAUUUUGGAGAUUUGGGGUUUCACUGACUGAAAGAAAGCUCCUGAUCAGAUCUCUUUUCAAUCUUUCUGCCAAUUAUUCCUAUUUUGGGGUGUAAAAAUGUCCAUUCUCUCCAAGUGGAAUUGGUAUGUCUAACAGUUCUCUCUUUUGUGCCACUCUUUGCUAUCACUUGCCAGACUAUCACCUACAUUAUUCGCGAAGUGGGAUACCUUUCUAGGGGGCACUUUUAUACUAGCUUAAGUAGGGAAGCGGUAUAGAUGUUGAAAAGCUGAGGACUAAGAAUCGCCCUUUGAGAGGCCCAAGUUUACCUCUCAAGGACUGAAUGUAUGGUUGUCAUUAGUAUCCUUUGCUUAUUAGGUUGAUCAUGGUAUGAGUUAAUGUUGAAGGAAAGCUUUCCUAUGUCAUUGUUUUAUAACAAUUUAAUGUUCCCAUGGUUGUAAGCAUUAGUAAUGUCGAAAAACACUACUAAUGUCAUUUCAUUAGUACACAAAUUGCACUGAGUGUCUGUAAUAAAUGUUGCCAGGUUGUUGUCUGAGUUAUGUCUUCUAAAUCCGUGUUGGAAAUUUGGAAGUUAUGUCCCUAGAUUUGACAAAUCAUUCGAGACGCUUCUAUGGGUCAAUGAAGGACGCUAGUUCGGAUGGUUUACCUGGUUUUAUGAGGGAGUUCGGGAUGCUCAGGGCUCAGUGACAGUCCCUUCUUUCCAUAUAGAGUUAAAGAUUUCGAGCAAUUGUAAUUUAGCUGUGGGAGGAAACCUGUUUAACAUUAGGUAGUGAAUCGAGUCUAUGCCAGGGGCUAUAUUGCUAACUGUAGAGAAAGCCACUUCCAGUUCUUCUAUCCUAAAUGGGAAAUCUAUGACAGGAUUGUGGAUGUUAUUCACCUUGUUUAAUUGCACCAAUUCUAGGACGAAUGGAAGAGCUAGGGAGUUCAAGCAAGUCUCGAAUUAGCAUUGGAGCAACAUUUCCUGUGACAUUAUGGCCGUGACAGUGUUUACGGGCUUACUCUUUAAAUAAAACCCCUUGUUUUCAAAAGCCAGACUUUUACUCAUAUAUGAACAUAAUCCCACAAGCAUAAAAUCCUCAAUCCCCCCAUACCACCAAUACCUCCCCCCCCCGAGUUCUCCUCUCAGUCUCAACCAAUACGUCAUAUCUCGGAACAUCCCCCUUUUAAAGAUCUAGUCUUUUUGGACACUUAAUUUUCCGUCCAUAUCUGCUCACGACCUGUGGUGGUGUUUCAGGUGUAGACGUUGUCCCUGGAGAUGUAGUUGGCGAUUCUUUAUGGUCGUCCUUUCGUCCUCCAGUGGAUGAUGGUGUUGCUUGACCGGGUAUAGAUUGAUCUGCUCUUGGUUCCUGAACUUCUCCACUUGCUUGGGUAGUAGAAGUAUUAGAUAGACUCUGUUCAUGAUGGGAGUACAGAAUUAUAUGACCCGGUUUCUCCUCACUGUCCUUUUAUUUGUCUCUACAAUGUAAGAUCGCGGUUCCUUGGCUGGCGUGAUAAUAAUAACUCUUCUUUUAAGUGGGAUAUCCAGACUUUGUCUCCAAUGUCGAACGGAUCCAAUGGGUGGGUGCACCCCAUGUGUUUGAGCUGGCAAAAAAAUAAAUAAAAUGGGAAAAAAUAGGAAGAAAGAAAGGAAAGGAACGCUUACUUGGCUUUUGUGGACUGUAUGUUGAAGUAACGGAAGAGAUCUACAGGCCGCCACGUGAAGUUGGAGCCCCAGUUGCGACGACGAUGGUGACCUGCAGGGUGAAUAGAACGUGGGAAAUCGUGAAAAAGGUGUUUAGUGACUGGGAGUUUUGUGGCCCUGAAAAGGACCGGUGUUGUGUUGAGAGAUGCCGUGACGAAGGUAUGAGUCCGAGACCGUGCGAGUGGUGCCGUUGGUAGUGUUGUGUGACUGAGUAACCGUUGGCUAAGGUUGGUAGACUCCACAGAGGCCGAAGGUACUGGAAUGCAGCAAUUAGCCGAGGGGGCAGCAGUUGGCGUUAAUGGCUAAGUCGGCGUUUAGAAGGCGAGAUCAGGUAAUGCUGCGAGUACUCUUGCUAUCGUCGAUGGUGUUCCAUUAUUGAUAGCUCGUCGGGCUGACGAGUCUGGUGUAGUAGAUUAUUAGUGAUAUUUGAGACUUCGUCGGCCUGACGAGUCUGAGGUCGUUGAAUAUUAGUGAUUGGUGAUAUCUCGUCGGGUUGACGAGUCUGAUUCCAGCGGGGCAGUGCCCCUGCUUAUAUAGGGGAGAGCUCUACUCUGAUUAGCUGCAGAGUGGAGGGCGAGAAUAUUCCAUAAGUCGUAGUGGCACCUAGCGGGAUCGUGGAAAUUAACUAGUGGCUACUACAUAGCUCCCCCAAUGGGCGAGCCAUUCAAAGCUGCAGACCAAUGGUGUUGGGUGGCGUGUUCUUCCAGUAGUUUCCCCCAACCCCUAAUUUGCUUCCAGGAGCAUUAUCACGUCGGGGUCACCAAUGUAGUGUGGUACGCUCUGUUGAUGUCGAGCGUUGAAAAAUUUUCUUCCCGUGCAGUUGGUUGGUGAAAUCUCUGAUGUUGGGCACUCCGUAUCUGUCGGGUUUAGUACAAGCAAUUAGCAGCCGAUAGUCUCCGCAAGGCCGGAUUUUUCCGUCUUUUUUGUAUGCGACGUGGAGCGGGCUUGACCACAGGCUCUUCGAAGGUCGGCAGGUACCCUGCUCCAUUAAGCGCCGGAAUUCUUCUUUCACUGUUUGCUAUUUAUAGGGUGGUAACCUACGUACCUUGCAAGUUACUGGCGGACCGACGUUUCUUUUACCGUACCGUGUUUCUUUUAGGUCACUGGUGAGCUGGUACAGUGCAGUUUCUGUUGAUCUUCCUGCUCUGUAUGCAUGCUGACAGAAAUGGAGAGGCUUGUUUACCAGUGCUGUCGUUCUUAUAUAGUUGUCUAUCAGCUUUUCAAGGGUCUUUAAUAGAAAGGAUGUUAAGCUGAUUGGUCUGUAGGAUUUAGGUGAUGUAGGGUCUCUUUUUCCCCACUUUUGGUAUAAAAACCACCUUUGCCCUACGCCAUGUCUGUGGUAUUUAGCCUAGUGCUAAACUAUAUAUACUAUCAUCGCAGGAAUGUUGGAGCAAUUAUAUUCAUUUCUUUUUGGAGCAGGAUGGGAAAAAUCCCAUCUGUUCCCGGUGCUUUAUACGGGCUGAAAGUGUUAAUCGCCCAGAGGAUUUUCUUCUCUGUGAUUAUUUCAGCUCCUUUCUUCCAAUUUUCUUUCUUGGGAUUAACUGCUCUCACAUUUUCUGGGGGGAUGUCAUAGGUACUAUCUGGAAAAUGUGUACUUAGAAGGAGCAUUGCUUUCUGUUUUAUGUCUUCUGUGUAUUUGCCUUCUUUACUUCUUAGGGCAGUGUUUAUGUCUGAUCUGUCCUGUGCUAGUGCCUUGUGCAAUCUAGCUGCUGUGGAUACUGUAGAGAUUUCUCCGCAGAAUUUGCGAAAGUUCUCUCUUUUCGCCCUGCGGAUAGCAUGGUUAUAUAACCUUUUGUAUUCUCCCCAGUUACUUGCUAUUCUAGCUUUGUUAAAUGCUUUCCUGGUUUCUUUCCUUAGUUUUCCCAGUUCUGCAUUUCACCAAGGUGGUUCUUGUCUACUUUUUGGGACCUUAACAGGGCAGCUUGAUUCAUAUGCAUCAAUUAUAUUACCUGUAAGUUCCCUAACUGCAAGUUCCAAUUCAUUGCAGGUCUUCGGUACUCUCUUCACUGUUGUAUGGUUUAAACUAUAUGUUACCAUCUCAGUGAACCUUGCCAAAUUUGUGUUUCGGGGAUUUCUGUACGGGGUAGGGUCUCUCCUAUCUGAUUCGAUGUCGAACCUUAUUAUUCUGUGGUCUGACAUCGAUUCUUCACUGGAAACCCUCCAAUUUUUUAUUACUUUAUGUAGGGCUUGGCUGCAAAUGGUAAUAUCCAAUACUUCUCGUCUCACUUUGGUGACAAAGGUAGGGAUUGAUCCUAUAUUAAGUAUAUCUAAUUUUUCAUUCACAAAAAUUCUAUGAGUGACUCACCUCUUCUGUUGUUGUUAGUGCUUCCCCAGAUUUGGUGAUGUGUGUUGGCAUCGCAUCCUACCAACAAGGGGAGAUUCUUCUUGCUGCAGUAGCCGGCUAGCCUUCGUAGCUCAUCGGGAGGAGGGUGGUCCUCCUCUCCUGGGAAGUAUGCCUAUGCUACUACUGCUUCUUGUCUCUUCGCAUCGAUUGGUAUCUCUACCUUGAUGGAAACUAAGUCACCAGUCAUGAAUUCUGAAAGACAGAGAUAAUUAGUGUUUUUCCUAAUCAAUAAGCAUUCACGGGGAUUUUCCUGUCUGGAAUCCCAUACAGUCUUACCAUCUUUACAGGACGAACCUCCAAUUUGUCCUUUCCACUGCCAGGGUUCCUGGAUGAGAAUUGCCCAUAGAUGUUGCACGGUGAACAUCCUAGCUAUUACUGCCGAGGCAGCUUUAGCGUGGUGGAUGUUCACCUGGGCUAUUCUCAUUUCCUCCAUAUAGGGUUAUUCUUUUGGGGGAGGAGGAGGUGUCUCCUCUCCCAAUAGCUUCUCCUCGGUGAGUACUUUUGGCUCCGUCUGUAGAGGAGGAGGGGUCUGGGUUCCCAAGACAACCUGGUCUACCUCCAUCUCAGCAGUAUUUUCGGAGGUAGUCUCCGUGGGUGGAGGCAUCGCUGUAGGGGCCUGCUUCUUUUUAAUGGAUGGGGGGGUGAUUGGGGUGGAGGUGUGAGAUUUCUCUCGUUUUGUUACCUCCUCCCCCUCCCUUUUUCAGGCCUCUCACCGGGAUCCUCCCAAAACGAAAAUUGAGGGUAUAUCCUCUUGAAAUUAUCGUUUCUGCCGAGGUCUCAUCGAUGCCCAGGAUCAUGACAAUCUCAGGCCCCUCUGCCUUCACUGAGUGAACUUUCCUCUCCUCAGCGCAGAUCCCAUCAUUCUGCGCUUUGAUCAGAGUUAGGGUUCUUGGUUCUUCUCCUAGUUUUGUCCUAGGGAAGAACACCACUAUUGAGUGAGGUUUGGGAAAGCCUCCCCUACCCUCACUGUCAGUUUCGUUCGUUUGCUUAGCUCUAGUUUAGGGGCUAUUUCCUGUAGCCAUUGUACAGUUUUGCCGUCUUGACAGUCUAAGGCCAUCAUAUCCGGCCUGAUGUGUAUGCCUUCAAACUGUAUUUUGGCUUCCCAUCCUUUUAAGAUUUCUUCAAUGAGGGUUUCCUCUAGAUGGGUCAGCUCUUCCGUUGUUAAUGUUACCAGAGGGUAUUCCUCCGGUAGCAAAGCCACUCUUAUGAUCUUUGCUGCUCCGGCAUAGCUUACGCUUGGAGCAGCCUCCCUGGCUCUAAAAAGCGCCUGAGGAUGGAUGGCUUUGCCGUCUUGUCUAUCCUUAGUUCUUUGGGGGUAAGAGAUUGCUCUCUUGCUGGAUGAUUGUACCUCCAGUUUCUCUUUUUGAAUUUUAGCCUUUCUUUCGUCGGCCAAUUUUCUUGCUUCUUCGGGUGUUUUCCCCGAUUUUAUCGCUCUCAGGUACCAUUUGGUCAUAGCACUGCUAAGACCUUUCCUGAGGGUCGUCUUUCCCGCCUGGUUCUCCUAGUUUUGGCAAUUCGGCGGAGACUUUUUUCUUUCCUUUUGGUUUCCCAAGAAGAGGUCUAUAUUUCCUAGUGUCGCUACUUGAAGGUGUUGAACCCUUCGUUUGUGUGGUGUUGAAUUUCCCACGUAGCGACUAGUAUUUGUCUUUAUUAGGGAGAGGUAGUCUCUCCUUUGUUUCUAAGGACUGAGUGUCCAUCAAGGGGUUGGUCUCCAGAUUGCUUGAUGUGUUUGGAGAGCCACAUUAACCCCGGCUGCCAGUGAAUCACUCGGCACGGAACGCAUGACCUUUGAUUGAGGCGGAUGCUGUUUUCUGUCAAGCCCAAGAUUCUUUGGGGGGGAUAGGAUGGAGGGAGAGGGGUUGGUGGAAGGAUUUUGUUUAGUGAGGAGUGGUUGGGAAAACGAUUACCUCACUUAGGGAUAGGACACCCCUUUAGCUUUAGAUCAAUAUGAAUCCCCCGUCAAGACGGUGACGAACGUUUCCCGGGGUUCACUACUUGGAAGCGGGGUUGGUCUUUGAACGUUGAGGGAGCUGGCCUAUAAUGAGUUGGAACCGUCGUUCCUGGGAAGUGAUGUGGUUCGACCCAAAGAUUGUCUCUGCUUGUACGAACCAUAAGGCAGGGUCUUCCUCCCAAAAUGCUGGCAGGCUUACUGUAACGUUUUCAGCAUGCACUUGUUCCGUAGCCUGUCCGCCUUCGGCCAUCGCUCAUGAGAGUUAUAAAUAGAGCUCUUUAAUCACGUCGGGGUCACCAAUUUUGUGGUGCGUAUUAGUGAGUGAGCUCUGGUGGCCGAUGAAAUGCGUCAAGGCUUAUACUAAGCGGGGCCGUGCCUGAAGACAGGCAAUUAAUGAAAACUCUCGAAGAGGAUGUCGAGUUGUGAUCAGGCGAAGAAGAAGUGAUAUCCGCUAAGUGAGGAGAGCGUUGUAGAGAUAGUCGCACGUCUGGAACUUGAAGGUAGACUGACUGGAAGGCGAGGUCGGCCUGCUUAUAUACCUAUUCAGAGUGGAGGUGCUCGUUUUUGUUUGGCCGCAAUGUGGAAUGAGGCGAACAUUCCUAUUGGUGUCCUUGUGCGUCGACGCUCGCGCCAUCUGUUGUUUCGUGUUGGUAUUACUGGUGAAGAUUGUUUGCCAGAGAUGUUGCUAGAGUAGCAACGGUCAAUUGAGAAAAUGCAUAACAAGGUGGAUAGAGUUGGAAUGGAUGAAAAUGUGGGAAAAACUUCGGGUUCCAGGGAUUUGGUUACGAGAGGGGUAACUUAGGGUUUUCAAAACUAGGUGAAGUGAGGACUUUUGAGGUUAACGACAGAAAAGUUGAUUGUUCGACAUCGAGACGAGAACUGAGAGCCUACUUGAUUCUCCCCGUCUUUUGUCGUAAUUCCGUUUGUAUUUCCGUCUGUACUCUUCUUCUUUUACUCGAAGGAGUGUCGUAGCCGGAUUUUUACAGAGAUAGCGAGCUAAGCGUUGUAAUGUAUCUCUCAGUUUCCUAUCUAUGGGGAGUUCAACUGGUGAGAAUCCGUUAGGGAGUGGCGAGUUUCUGUAUGCCAAAGUACUAGGUAAGGAUCAUCUUGAUUUUUCUUGAGCAAGGAUUGGGCUAUUUUCAUAGCUGUUUCUGCACUCCCAUUGCUUUGAUGAAAGUGUGGACUGUUGGUUCUCAGCUGAAAAUUGUAUGAAUUCUGAGUUUUCCUUCUCUAGUCAUCCCGAUAAUAUAUUCUUUCAACUUGUCGCAGCACCAUGCUACCGCCAGCGCUUCACGUUCGAUAUUUGAAUAGUUGUGUUCGCGUUCUGAAAACGAUCGAGAAAUGUAUGAUACUGGUCCUCACCCUUCUUUUUUUGCUGCUGCAAAGGAACACCUCCUGCCCCGUAGGAUGAAGAGUCAGCAGAGUAGGCAGUUGUGGGUCAUAGAAGGCCAGUAAGGAUGCCGCAGUUAAUUCCUGUUUAAUUCGCUCAAAAGCCAUUUUCUGUAGUGGUCCCCAAGUCCAAACAUUUUUCGCGCAAAGCAAGUCGGUGAUAGGUUUUAAGAUCUCGGACGGUUAGGUAUGUAUUUUCCCAAAAAAAUUCACCAUACCGAGAAACCUUUGAAUGCCUUUUACCUUGUUUACCCCUUUUUUAAUACCUUCAGGGGGUUUUAAGUUCACUGUAGCUUUCACCUUUUCAUCAUCAAUUUUAACGCGACGAAAGUCGAUGUCCUAGAAACUUAACGGUCUUUUGAGAAAAAACAGUUUUUCCCCAUUGCGAGUGAUUCCUGCAGCCUGAAGUUUGACCAUUACCGUUUUUAAGGUGCUGAGGUGAUACCAAAUGGAAGAAUAUAAUAUCAUGGACAACUCCCUGAACCGCAUGCUCUGAAAACACAAAGCUCGAAUAACGUCUUGUUUAUCUUCGCUUUUUAGUGACUUCCUGGAUGUUAGUCACAAGGCAAGCAAAACGCCUUUGUCGGUUGCAUUUCAAGCACUUAACAUUCUUCGCAGGACACAAUCUCUGCGGUGGAGAGCGCCGCUGCACCAUUAGCACUUCCCUUGUGGUUUUCCCCUGCUCGCUCGGUCCCGGCUGUGAUUUUCUGAAAUGUCUAAUUCUGGGAUUGAUCAAUCGCUGAGGUUCCUAGAUCGCCUUCAAGACCUUUUUUCUGUCGUUGCAUUUCCUCCAAACUACGAAAAGCAUUAAUCGCCUUUUCAAGCGUCAAGUCAGCUUCAAGUGGCAAACUUUAAUUUUAAUUGUUUUAAUUAGCUACAUUUUUAAUUUAAUUAAUUAAAAUUUAAACUUUGGUAUCUCAUUCCAGUGGUAAUGCCCCUCAACAGCAUUUCGUUUUCGAGAGUACCCCAUUCACAGGAUCUCGAGAGCGUGUGAAGAUCUGUAGUCCUCAGCAGGUUCUAACGAGCCUUGUUUCCUUCGCAAGAAUUUAACACGUUCAUAUGAUAUAUUCUUUUUUGGAAUGAAAUGAUCCUCAAACCGUUUAACGAUUAUUUCGUAAGAACUGAUUUUGUCUUCAAGAUGAGAUGAAUCCAAUAUUUAUUCCUUUUCGCCCAUGCAGUAUAUGAGUAUAUUGACUUGGUUCUUUCCCGGCGUAAUUUCCAACCGCUUAUCGCACGAUAGCGUUGGAAUCGCCUUUUCCAAGUUGCCCAAUCGAUUGGCUUAAACGUAAAAUUGUCAGACUUUACCUGCACGUGUCCCUCAAGCCAGGAUAUAACAAAAAAUUUUGCUUCAAUGCUAACUCGAGACUUGCUUGUAUCUAGACCUGGUCAUUAGACAGUCUAGAGACUGUCUGCGGCAAGUUGAGAGACCCCGGUCUACCAGUGUGUACGAGCCUUAAGAACUAUCUUUUAAAGUAGUCGAUAUAAUUUUAUACGAUUUUUCCCUGCAAUGCGGAUAUACCUUGUGGAAUUAUUAAGCUGGCAAACAGCAUUGGAUUUACUUUUCCAAGGUAUUCCCGUUCCUUCUACAUAAAGAAAAACCCUCUUCGGUCUUCCGUUAAAAACGAUUGUUGGUUAGUCGUUUUCUAUAAUUUUGACAUUUAUUUUUCCUAUCAGACUGGAUGACUGACACAUUUUUUAAAAUAACUUGGUAGAGAGUUGGGAAAUUUCGUUAAACUACCUAUUAGUACCUUUGUUAGUACAGUGAUAGUAUGAUUUAUGUACGAAAACGUCAUCAUUUUAGAGUGAUGACUUCCGUUUUUCCCUGACGGGGAGCAGAGGGAAUAGUCGCCUAGGGGUCCCCCCCCUGGAGCCCCCGUAAUUAAAUUUCAAGCACCGAUAUGUACUAAAUGAAACAAAAUGAAAAGAUACUUAUGUUAUAUAAAGGACAAAAUUAAAUAGAACGUGAAAUAGACAUGACCUUUCACUCAUGAGUCAAAACCGAUUCUGUCCUUCAAUGUUAACACCCACAACACUCGUAAUUCUCGUCCUUUAUCAGAACGAACACAAAAAUAUAACUAUUCACUGGCAUUUCUAGAAUUUUAUGUAUUGGUAAUAAGUUUUAUACUGUUGAUCUGUUUAAUAAUAAUAAUAAAAAUAUAUUUUUUAGAACUGAAAAAUUGUAAGUAAAUUUUUAUUAUAGUAGUAAAUAUUUUAUAAUAUACUUUUAUUUGAUUUUUUAUAUGAAUGUACACCUAAUUGUAUAUGUAUAAGUAGUAUAUAUGUAGUAAUUAGUAUAAAUAAGAAGUUUAUUUUUUGUAAUUUGGCUCUUGCCUGUAUGUUUUAAAUAAAUAACAGAAAAAAGUGAAUUUUGUCAACAACAAAAAAUGCGGUUGUAAGUGCUUCUCAAUCUGUAAUCACUUGGAGCCCCAAACCCUAUGUAAGGUGGCUCGAGCUCUAUGUACGAUAUUUUGCCAGCAUAUGAAUGCUUCUAGUAAGCAUAGAAAGCACAUUGUCCAUGUCUUGAAGUUGUGUACGUGGUUGAGUGUCAGCUGAAUAGUCAAAAACCAGGUAAUUGCUAAUCGGUUCGAAUUAUUGUGUACUUACAAUAUCACUAUACAUAUAAAAAAAUAGAUGCAUAUAUUUUUUGCAGAGCAAUGUGUUGACCAUAAUUCACUGGUCAGAGUGUGCAAUUUUGUAACAUGUAUCAAAUAACCAUAGCAAAUACCGUCAGAAAAAUAUAUAAUUAAAUGUAAUGUGUU